GAAGGGAGACGGAAUGGCGGUGGCAGUUGUUCUCACCGACAACGGAAACCUCGUGCUUCGUUGAAAAUCGUCAGUUUUUUUUCUCUUCCGAAAGGACAGUGUGAAAAGAGCUCAAAACGAAACAAGAGUCGUGUGAAACAAAAGUACGACGUCGAACGAAAACAGGACAAGACUUGAUAGAAAAGAAAGCUUAAGUGAGUGACAACGGAGAAUUGAUUUUGAGCAAUUCAUUGUAAUCAGUACACGCGAAUAAAAUGACUGGAGUUUCGGUGCGAGGAAUCGGCGGUGGAGGCGGAAAAGGUGCCGCCGCUGGAGGCCAGGCUUAUAAGGAUAAAAGCAAACCUGCUGAUAUUCGUAGUAGCAACAUUAACGCUGCCAAGGCUGUGAGCGAUGCGAUUCGUACGAGCCUUGGUCCUCGUGGAAUGGACAAGAUGAUACAAGCUGGAAACGGCGAAGUCACCAUUACCAAUGAUGGAGCAACAAUACUCAAAGAAAUGAAUGUUAUUCAUCCUGCUGCAAAAAUGCUGGUGGAACUGUCGAAAGCCCAAGAUACCGAAGCAGGAGACGGAACAACGAGUGUGGUCGUCAUAGCUGGAGCUCUUCUCGAAGCAGCCGAAAGGCUUCUGCAGAAAGGAAUUCACCCAAGGUCUAUAAGCGAUGCUUUCCAGAGAGCAUCGACAAAAGCAGUGGAGAUUCUUGGCUGGGGAAUGGCAACUCCGUUGGAUUUAACGGACAAAGCUUCGUUGAUCAAAGCUGCAGCAACUUCUUUGAAUUCGAAAGUUGUUUCACAGCACUCGAGUCUCCUGGCUCCUUUGGCUGUGAACGCAGUGUUGAAAAUCACCGAGCCUGGCAAGGAAAGCGCUACGGAUCUCAAAGACAUCAAAGUCAUCAAGAAACUCGGAGGCACUGUUGAAGACACCGAACUCAUCGACGGCCUUGUUUUUACUCAAAAAUCCUGCAAUGUCAACGGGCCGAAGAGAAUCGAGAAAGCGAAGAUCGGGCUCAUUCAAUUCUGCAUUUCACCACCAAAAACUGACAUGGAUCACAACGUUAUCGUAUCGGACUAUUCGGCUAUGGACCGAGUUCUGAAAGAGGAACGAGCCUACAUUCUCAACAUUGUUAAGCAGAUUAAAAAAUCAGGGUGCAACGUUCUUCUCGUACAAAAGUCAAUUCUCCGGGACGCGAUAAGCGAUUUAGCAAUUCAUUUCUUGGACAAGAUCAAAGUUAUGGUCGUAAAGGACAUCGAACGCGAGGACAUACCUUACGUGUGCAAGACUCUUGGUUGUCGUCCGAUCGCUUCGCUCGAUCACUUUUUGCCGGAGAACCUCAGUAAUGCCGAAUUGUGCGAAGAGAUGCAGACCGGCAAUUGUAAAUUCGUCAAGAUAACCGGAAUUCAAAAUCCUGGUCGAACCAUCACAGUGUUGGUUCGCGGUAGCAACAAGCUCGUUUUGGAGGAAGCUGAACGUUCUCUCCACGACGCGCUCUGCGUUAUCCGUUGUUUGGUAAAGCAACCGGCAUUGAUAGCAGGUGGUGGAGCACCGGAGAUCGAAUUGUCGAUAAAGCUUGGUGCUUAUGCGCAAACAUUAACGGGAGUAGAUGCUUAUUGCGUGAAGGCGUUCGCUGACGCUCUCGAAGUAAUCCCCUCGACGUUGGCUGAAAACGCUGGUCUCAAUCCCAUCGCGACCGUCACCGAACUUCGCAGUCGUCACGCUCAAGGUGACACGACGACCGGCAUCAAUGUUCGCAAAGGAAUGAUUACCGACAUUAUGGAGGAAAAUGUUGUUCAACCUCUGCUCGUCUCCAUAAGCGCAAUCACUCUCGCCUCCGAGACAGUCCGUAGUAUUCUCAAGAUCGACGACAUCGUAAAUACUAUGCAAUAAUUAUAUUCCAUAACUCGAUCAACUUAUUUUUCUCCAAUGAAUUUUCAUCGCUUUUUUUAAAUAAACUCCAGGAACAGUUGGAGCUGUUGCGGCUUAAA